AUGGCAGAGCCGCAGGGGCUCCUCGCGGACCAGAGCCCCCUGAUCAAAGCCGCCUGGCAGGGCAAGCUGCGUCUGGUCAGGCUGCUGGUGGAAGGGGGAGCCCAGGUGAACGAGCGCAACGAGAAAGGGGAGACGGCGCUGAUGGUGGCCUGCAGAGCCAGACAGAAGGAGCAACCCAACGGGAGUAGCAGGGAGAAGCUGGUGAAGUACCUGCUGGAGCAGGGAGCCGACCCGCAGGUCCAGGACAAGGUGGGGCGCACCGCUCUGAUGCACUGCUGCCUGGAGAGGGCCGGGCCGGAGGUGGCUGCACUGCUGCUGGGCGCCGGGGGCGACCCCGGACUGGAGGACUAUGCCGGGGCCUCCGCCCUCGUCCACGCCCUCAACGCCGGGGAUAAGGACACACUGCGGGAGCUGCUGGACGCCUGCAGGGACAGCGGCCGUGAUGUCCUCAUCAUCUCCAAGGACCUGAGCCCCUCUGGACGGCCCGUCACCAGGCAGUACCUGAACGUGCCCCCCUCCCCCGUCCCAGAAAGGAGCGCCUCCCCCAUGUCCUGCAUGUCCCCCUCCGACAUUGAGCUCAAGACGGGGUCCCCCGGGUCCGAGACAGAAGGGGAGGGUGGCGGGGGGAUCAUCUUCAAUUUCAAGGGGAUGUCACCAAUGUCCUCGCCGCCGCUAGAGAAGCCCAAAACCAGGUCACCACAUCCCCACCUCCUGCGCCUCAGAUCGGAGCCCUGGCUGGCCAUCCACAACCUGUGGGAGCUCCGCAGCUCCUCUGAGGAGAGCUUGAGGCAGGGGGGGCUGGAGGAGGAGCAGCAGCAGCAGGGCCCAGCCCCCUGGCUCUCUGGCAUGCCUGCACCGCGGAGGGCUUCUCUCAGCAGGAUCCACAGCAUGGACUCGGCUGACGGCCCUCGGGCUCCAAAGGGGCUGCUGGGGAGGGUGUCCCGGAAACCCUCCUCCUUCGAGAAGCUGCCUUCCUCACUGGCCCUGAGCUGCAGAAACACCCUCCCCACCGUGCAGAACCAGGUCCUGCUCCAGCUGCCCCCCCUGACAGCGCAGCAGCCAUGCUGCUCCGACUCCCACCUCCCCACCCCCUCCUCCGUCCCAGGAGAGGCCGAGGCUCACAGGCCGAGUAGGAGGGCUCCCCAGGCAGCCCAUUCCGUCCAGCGCCUGCUCUCCAUCUCCAUAGAGUCUAUAGAUGGGGCUCCGGGGCUGGACUUGCCAGGGAAGAGGAGGCAGGAGCAGGCCCGCCCAGGCUUCCUCCCUCCCCUCCUCCAGCAGCUCCUCUCUCCAGAUGGGGUGCUCCAGCGCAGUUACAGCUGGAUAUUUGCAGGUGGUAUGAACAGCAUUCCCCAUGCUGCGAAUCACUGGUGCGUCUCCAAGAACAUCCCCCUGUCACGCAGGAAGGGCAGCUCUCACUUUGCUGGACUUUAUAAGAAGCUGGAACCCUGCAUGCGGUAUUAG